CUGGCCCUGCGUGGUGGGCGGGAUAGAGAGCAGAGAAAGACUUCUGAUUGGGUCCUGCGGACAAACCGGCAUCCGAUUGGCCAUUGCUCUGGAAGGAGGUGGGGUCGCAGCUGGGUGCUGAAGCAAAGCUGAGAAGCCCAGGCGAGUCUCAAAGUUUGUGUCUGGAGCAGUCGUGGAGCCGGGGGGUUAUCGCGAAGGGGUUUUCUUGGGAUGGGAGCUCAUCUCCUGUCUCGCCUCUGCAUACACGUCCUGCUUUAGCUCCUGCGGCCUCCCGCCCGUUCCCCGGGCGCUCUGUGUCCCCCGAGAGCCUCUCAGAUCCGGGAGGACGCGGGUUGAGGGGGGCCCUGGUUGGUUUGCCGCUGAGGCGCCGGAGUGAAGGUGUUCUUGCCUCAGUGCGUCGGGGACUCACACACACACACACACACACACACACGCCCCGAGGGAGCGGGAUCCUGCGGGUGCCAGGCGGCUCUGCCCUCUCCCCGCCUGCCCUCAGCAUCCUCGGCCCUGCGCGAUUCGGACCACCAUGGAGGUGCUGGAGAGCGGGGAGCAGAGCGUCCUGCAGUGGGACCGCAAGCUGAGCGAGCUGUCAGAGCCCGGGGACAGCGAGGCCCUCAUGUACCACACGCACUUCUCAGAACUUCUGGAUGAAUUUUCCCAGAACGUCUUGGGCCAGCUCCUGAAUGACCCCUUCCUCUCAGAGAAGAGCGUGUCGAUGGAGGUGGAGCCAUCACCAACAUCCCCGGCACCCCUCAUCCAGGCUGAACACAGCUACUCCCUGAGUGAGGAGCCUCGGGCCCAGUCACCAUUCGCUCAUGUGACCAACAGUGACAACUUCAAUGAUGAGGAAGUGGAGAGUGAGAAAUGGUACCUUUCUGCCGACUUUCCUGCAGCAACCAUCAAGACAGAGCCCAUCACAGAUGAGCCAGCCCCAGGACUUGUCCCGUCUGUCACUCUGACCAUCACAACCAUCUCUACACCUUAUGAAAAGGAAGAACCCUCUCUGGAAAUGCAAACUGGGGUUGAUUCCUCGUGCCAGACGAUUAUUCCUAAGAUCAAGCUGGAGCCUCAUGAAGUGGAUCAGUUCCUCAACUUCUCUCCUAAAGAAGCCUCCGUGGACCACCUGCACUUACCACCAACCCCUCCCAGCAGUCACAGCAGUGACUCAGAGGGCAGCCUGAGCCCCAACCCACGCCUGCACCCCUUCAGCUUGCCUCAGACACACAGCCCUGCCAGAUCCGUGCCCCGGGCCCCUUCUGCCCUCUCCACUUCUCCUCUCCUCACAGCUCCACAUAAGCUGCAAGGCUCAGGGCCCCUGGUCCUGACAGAAGAGGAGAAGAGGACUCUGAUUGCGGAGGGCUAUCCCAUCCCCACCAAGCUGCCCCUGACAAAGUCAGAGGAGAAGGCCCUCAAGAAAAUCCGCAGGAAAAUCAAGAAUAAGAUUUCUGCCCAGGAAAGCAGGAGAAAGAAGAAAGAAUACAUGGAUAGCCUGGAGAAAAAAGUGGAAUCUUGUUCAACCGAGAACCUGGAGCUUCGCAAGAAGGUGGAAGUCUUAGAGAACACCAACAGGACUCUGCUGCAACAGCUCCAGAAGCUGCAGACCUUGGUGAUGGGCAAGGUUUCUCGUACCUGCAAGUUGGCUGGCACACAGACUGGCACCUGUCUCAUGGUCGUAGUGUUGUGCUUUGCCGUGGCCUUCGGCAGCUUCUUCCAGGGCUAUAGGCCCUAUCCUUCUGCCACCAAGAUGACACUGCCCAGCCAGCAUUCCAUGCCGGAGCCGUACACAGCAUCUGUUGUGAGAUCCAGGAACCUGCUCAUCUAUGAAGAACAUUCUGCCCUGGAGGAGCCGUCCAGCCCAUCCUCAGCCGGGGAGCUGGGGGGCUGGGACAGAGGCUCCUCCCUGCUCAGGGUGUCAGGGCUGGAGUCCAGAGCCGACGUGGAUCUUCCUCAUUUUAUUAUCUCGAAUGAGACCAGCCUGGAGAAGUCAGUGCUGUCGGAACUGCAGCAGCAUCUAGUCAGCACCGAACUGGAGGGCAAUGAAACGCUGAAAGUCGUCCAGCUGGACAGGAGAGUGAACACCACCUUCUGAAGAGGCUGGCUCCUCCCAGUUUCCCCUAACUCCACUUCUCCAACCACGAAUCACCCUGGUCAUAAGCUUGUCCUCUUUGUCACUGGAUCUUAACAAAGACACAGAUGAGCGUGCCUG